UGAGAACUAUAACGAAGUUGAAGAUGCCUGAUCCAGUUAAGGCUCCGAAGAAGGGCUCAAAGAAAGCCGUCUCUAAGAGCGUCUCCAAGACCGGCAAGAAGAAGAGGAAGACCAGGAAGGAGAGCUACGCCAUCUACGUGUACAAGGUCCUGAAGCAGGUCCACCCCGACACCGGCAUCUCGUCCAAGGCCAUGCUGAUCAUGAACUCGUUCGUGAGCGACAUCUUUGAGCGCAUCGCCGGCGAGUCCUCCCGUCUGGCUCACUACAACAAGCGCUCCACCAUCACCUCCAGGGAGAUCCAGACCGCCGUCCGCCUGCUGCUGCCCGGUGAGCUGGCCAAGCACGCCGUGUCUGAAGGCACCAAGGCCGUGACCAAGUACACCAGCUCCAAGUAAACCCGCUGUUACACCCAGCAACACAAUGGCCCUUUUCAGGGCCACCCACUGUUUACACCAAGAGCUUUAUUCCUCAUUAUUCACUUAAUUUAUGUAAUUAAGAAAUAUUCAUCUAAAAUCCAUUGCCAACAUAAUAGUCUCAAUUAAACUGGGCUGUUAGGAAAAUCUACUGUGUUUAAUAAAUACAAGAUGACCUACA